AGGCCUGCAGAGUCACGUGGGGGCAGAGACCAAUUGGGCCUCCGGUAGCCACCCCCCAGCGGGGAGGAGGAGGAGGAGGACGGACGGACAGGGCCAGUUUGCUGUCCGCCCGCCGCCCACUGUGGUGGGAAGGAGUUCCUGCGCACCCACCGCCACCAUUGCCCCACCUGGGCGGCCGGAGCCUCCCUGCCCCAGCCCGUGCCCGCUGUGCACCCUCAUCCGGUGUGAGAGCUCUCCUUCCGCUCUGCGGACGCCGCGGGCAUGGACUAUUCGUACGACGAGGACCUGGACGAGCUGUGCCCAGUGUGUGGGGACAAGGUGUCCGGCUACCACUACGGGCUGCUCACGUGUGAGAGCUGCAAGGGCUUCUUCAAGCGCACGGUGCAGAACAACAAGCACUACACGUGCACCGAGAGCCAGAGCUGCAAGAUCGACAAGACGCAGCGCAAGCGCUGUCCCUUCUGCCGCUUCCAGAAGUGCCUGACAGUGGGGAUGCGCCUGGAAGCCGUGCGUGCUGACCGCAUGCGGGGUGGCCGGAACAAGUUUGGGCCCAUGUACAAGCGUGACCGGGCCCUGAAGCAGCAGAAGAAAGCACAGAUUCGCGCCAACGGCUUCAAGCUUGAGACAGGCCCCCCUAUGGGGAUGCCCCCGCCUCCUCCCCCUCCUCCGGACUACGUGCUUCCCCCCAACCUGCAUGCGCCUGAGCCCAAGGGCCUGGUAUCGGGUCCACCCGCUGGGCCACUAGGCGACUUUGGAGCCCCAGCAUUGCCCAUGGCCAUGCCUGGCACCCAUGGGCCCCUGGCUGGUUACCUCUACCCUGCCUUCCCCAGCCGGGCCAUCAAGUCUGAGUACCCGGAGCCCUAUGCCAGCCCCCCACAGCCUGGGCCACCCUAUGGCUUCCCAGAGCCCUUCUCCAGCGGGCCGAGUGUGCCUGAGCUCGUCCUGCAGCUGCUGCAGCUGGAGCCUGAGGAGGACCAGGUACGGGCUCGCAUCGUGGGCUGCCUGCAGGAGCCAGCCAAGGGCCGCCCUGACCAGCUGGCGCCCUUCAGCGUGCUGUGCAGGAUGGCAGACCAGACCUUCAUCUCCAUCGUGGACUGGGCGCGCCGUUGCAUGGUGUUCAAGGAGCUGGAGGUGGCCGACCAGAUGACCCUGCUACAGAACUGCUGGAGUGAGCUGCUGGUGUUUGACCACAUCUACCGCCAGGUCCAGUACGGCAAGGAGGGCAGCAUCCUGCUGGUCACCGGGCAGGAGGUGGAGUUGAGCACGGUGGCUGCCCAGGCUGGCUCGCUGCUGCACAGCCUGGUGCUGCGGGCGCAGGAGCUGGUCCUGCAGUUGCACGCACUGCAGCUGGACCGCCAGGAGUUCGUCUGCCUCAAGUUUCUCAUCCUCCUCAGCCUUGAUGUGAAGUUCCUGAACAACCACAGCCUGGUGAAGGACGCCCAAGAGAAGGCCAACGCGGCCCUGCUGGACUACACGCUGUGCCACUACCCGCACUGCGGGGACAAGUUCCAGCAGCUGCUGCUGUGCCUGGUGGAGGUGCGGGCCCUGAGCAUGCAGGCCAAGGAGUACCUGUACCACAAGCACCUGGGCAAUGAGAUGCCACGCAACAACCUGCUCAUUGAGAUGCUGCAGGCCAAGCAGACCUGAGUGGCCAGAGGGGAGGCCCCAGCCUGAGCUAGGAGCUGUGUGUGGGACAGGCAGGGCCUGGCUUAGGGGGUGGCCCUCACCUGCCACCGGCACUUACCUGCCACCCAGAGUGCCCCAAGGAGGCGGCUGCCAACCAUCUCCUUCCCCUGCUCCCAGCUUCUGCCCUGGAGUCUGAAGCACAGGGCAGGUUGGGGGAGGAAGUCCGGGAUUCCCUGGGGGGCCUCGAUGUCCCUUGGGCCAGAUGUCCUCCCUCUGCCCUGUCCUGGGAUCAGAAGCAGGGGAGGUUGAGUGGGUGUCAGCGGGGGAAGGAGAGGGGAUCUGCAGACCCGCGCGGAGGGGAGGGAAGCCCUCUGUUUUGUACACUAGAGAUAAGUGGGUUUGCUAAAUUGGGCAGGGGCUGUUGGACACUUGAGGGCCAGAACACCUUCUCCCGGCCCUCAGCCCAACUCACUUCCGCAGGGGGGGCUCUGAUCCAGGGUUUUGCUAUUGACAACCUUCUCACCCCUCCCUCUGCCCUGCCCAGGAAGAAGUUCCGUACAGUCCACAUCCCACUUGCCCACCUGGCCAGCUGGGCUGGGGCUAAUCUGCAAGGGUGUAGCUGAGAGGGGUUCACCUGUCUUUCUUUCCCAGUCUCCUAGACCCUCCUGAAAGGCGUGUGUGCUGGAAGGCAGGGACAGAUUUGAGGACUGAGUGGGACUUGGGGGCUAGCAUCAAGUACAGGCCCAGGCUUCUUCCCUGACUCUGCUCUGGUCCCCAGUACCCUGGGCUGGGGGGGCUGGGUCAUUUUUCUGAGUGCCCUGCCACAGUCAAGAGACCUGUGCAUGUCCUCCGUGCCACUAGUGAAUCGCUGGGGCCCAGGGGGCUCAGUUUUAUGGGUGGAGAACGGCUGAACCCAGGAGGGCACACAGGUCCCUGGCUGCAGGCCUGGAAGUAGGCCUUAGCACCCUGGCCUCCUCCGCUUCCCACCCUGCUUCUGCAUUGCUGUUGCAGCUUGUGCUGAGCCUGCCAGGUUGGGCGAGGCUGGGCGCCCCUGCCCCUGCUUUCUGCCUCCCUAUCUGAGCCCCCACCUCAGCCCCCCAAACCGCAUGUCCCUGCCAAGGCCAGAGACCCACAUCCCUCAAACAAGAAGUGCCCUUACGAAUCUCCCCAGUCCCCGAAACCCUCAAAUAAAUUUUGCAAUUAGUU